CUGAAGGAUUGACAUUUGGGAAUAGUGUGUACUGGAUUUCUUUUGAUGAGGAAUAUGCUCACAAGAAGUUCAGCUCUUCUAACCCUUUCGGCAUCCAAUACAAGUUUCAUUUAGAGGAUGCUGUUGAUUGCCCAGAGUGGAUUGUACCAUUUCAUGUUUUCAAAUCACUGGCGGAGGAGUAUGAUCUCAAGCUUGUGUCUGUGAAGAAUUCCCAUGCUUUUGUGGAUGAGUUUUUGAAAAUGCCAGAGUUUACUGAGCUAAUGAGGAGGCUCGGCGCUCUGGGCGAUGGCAACCAGGAUCGAAGUACAUUGUCACAGGAUGAAUGGGAUGCGGCUUAUCUCUAUUUAACUUUUGUAUUACAAAAGGGUGGCGAAUCUACGGCAAGUAAGAGAAAGCAUGACAUCAGCAAUAAAGGAAAAACGUGCAUAACAGAAGAAGACAUUGAGAUCCUCGAUGGUGAUAUUUGAGCAAAUCCCAUCUUCAAAGUUUUGUUUGUAUAUUAUCAAGUGGUGCAGCGUACCCUACGCCAGAGCUUUCCCUGCGCACAAGGCACCAACAGGUGGUAAAAAGACGUUACAAGGUUCGCCUUCAUGCAAGUUAGCCUGUACUCUUUGUUCCAAUCCAGUUCUUCUGUAAACUAUCCUUUGAUUAUCCUAACAUAUAACAGUGAAAUACAUUGUAUUAAAUAUAAUAAGAGACUGUACAAUAAUAUUUUUCAGUUUGAGGUGAAUAAAUUACCCAAUACAUGUCUGAUA